AUGGAGAUACAGCCAGAGAAAAUAACGGUACAAACAGAAGGUCAAGAGGAGAACAACAAUGAAUUGCAGCGGAAGAGGAAUUUCUCUGCUUUUGCGUCCCUGGGCCUGCUGGAUCGUUUCCUCGCCGUCUGGAUCUUCCUGGCAAUGGCUGUUGGCAUUAUUCUUGGCAACUUUGUCCCGUCAAUGUCACCAGCUCUAGAAAAGGGGACAUUUGUUGGUGUAUCCAUCCCAAUAGCUAUUGGGCUGUUGGUAAUGAUGUAUCCGAUUCUAUGCAAAGUCCAAUACGAGUCGUUACACAAAGUGUUGUCCAAAAAAGAGUUAUGGAAGCAAAUAGGUUUCAGUGUCUUCAUCAAUUGGAUCAUAGCCCCCUUUUUGAUGCUUGCUCUUUCAUGGGCAUUUCUUCCUGAUAAAAGUGCUCUUCGCAGCGGCCUCAUUCUCGUAGGUCUAGGGAGAUGUAUUGCCAUGGUCUUGAUCUGGAAUGCCCUCGCUGGCGGCAACAAUGACUACUGCGCCAUCCUAGUUGCGGUCAAUUCUAUUCUUCAGAUGGUUCUCUUCGCGCCACUCGCCAUCUUCUUCAUCCGUGUCAUCAGCCACGAAGAUGUUGGCUCCAUCUCUUAUUCCGUCGUUGCAACUAGUGUGGCCGCUUUUCUGGGCAUCCCCCUUGGCGCAGCUGUAUUCACAAGAUUCACGCUGCGGUUUCUCGCAGGACCAGCAUGGUAUGACCGUGUCUUUAUUCGCUUUGCCUCGCCCUGGUCGCUCAUUGGGCUCUUGUACACCAUUUUGGUCCUCUUUGCUGCUCAAGGCCACCAGGUAGUGCAUCAGGUUGUUUCCGUCAUUCGUGUUGCAGCUCCCCUCAUUGUAUAUUUCACCAUUGUAUUCUUUACGACCGUAAGCAUUUGCCGGAUGCUGGGCUUCGAAUACCAGUUUCUUGUUACGCAAAGCUUUACAGCAGCAAGUAACAACUUCGAGUUGGCCAUCGCGGUGGCGGUAGCGACGUUUGGUCCGAAUAGUGAUCAGGCAUUGGCCUCCACUGUAGGACCGUUGAUUGAAGUGCCGGUGUUGCUGGGAUUGGUGUAUGCCCUUCGAUGGAUUGCUGCUAGAUGGGGUUGGAAAUGA